CUCAGUAAUUUGAGAUAAUGGUGCUAAUCCGUAUAAGAAUUCAUCAGAUAUUUCGCAUACUCGAAAUUUGUGGAACGUUCAUAAGUAUAUGGCCGCCAGAAUCCACAGCCGGAAAGCAAGAAAUCUUCCUUCGAGAUCUCGGUUGGACUUUGGCAAUUUUGAAUGUGUUAGGCUCGUUUCCACCGCUGAUUCUUGGUGUAUGGUAUUCCAAAAACGAUAUUAUUCGAACGAUGAAGGCACUGUCUGAAUUGGUAGCAUUGAUAGAAGUAUUGUUCAAUUUAAUCCUAUGUAGGAUAGGAAGAUCACGAUUACAGAAGCUUCUAGCAGAACUGAGGAACUUUCUCGAACAUUCUGAGUUGUAUGAGAGAUAUAUUAUACAGAAAUAUAUAAAUCGUUACUCGGACUUUUAUGUCUUUGUUGGAAUAUCCAAUAUGCUAGCAGCGAUCGCUUUUUCUUGUGGCCCUUUGUUCUUGUCAAUAAAUCUUCCAAUGGAAGCAUGGUAUCCAUUUUCUACUGAAAUUCCCUACAUUAGAGGUAUUCUUUACAUUCUGCAAGUAUUCGCCAUCUUUCAAGCUGGAUCCUGUAUCAUAGUAGAUUUCAUGAUUGCAAUGUUCUUCUGGUAUUCCGCUGCGAGAUUGGAAAUGUUGGGACAAGAAUUGCAACAAAUAACGCAUGAAAAUCAUGUAAAAACGUGUAUUCAAAAACAUCAAGAAAUAAUAAAGUAA